AUGAAUCCUUCUAAAAACUGCAUGGUCCAAUACAGAUCCAAGUUGGAGCUUGGGGUGGUGGUGGUCCGGUCCCAGGGCACGUCCCGGAGGCCUAUGGAGGCUUCUCCCACGCUGGUCGCAGUGCCUGGGACAGAGGGCAGACCGGCCGUCAAUCUCCCAGAACACCUGUGUGACGGAGUGCUGCCGCCGGGGGAGACGUUCCAGUACCGGACUGAGCACGUGGCUUGGGGACGCUGA